UUCUUUAUCUAAUCAUUUCUACUUGUGGCAUUUUAAAUUAGGGCAUUUGUCUGCUGAUCGCUUACGAUCUUUAGCUUAGUCUGGUAUAUUGGGUAAAGUUUCUGCAUAUCGGGGGUGUAAACUUGCCAAAAUAACAGUCUUACCUUUUCGUAAAAGUACAUCCAUAUCUGAUAUACCGUUUUCUUUAGUUCAUACUGAUUUUUGGGGUCCUUCUCCUGUUCUCACCAAAGGGGUUCUGCAUACUAUGUGCCAUUUGUUGAUGACUGCACUCGUUACACUUGGGUUUAUCUUAUGACUCAUAAGUCCAACUUCUAUCAGAUAUACCGUACCUUUUAGUCUAUGAUCACUACUCAGUUUGGGUUUACAAUUAAAGUGUUACGGUUUGACUUGGGUGGAUAAUAUUUUAAAAAUGAGUUUUGUGAGUAUUUGGCCAAUUUGGGUACCAUUCUCUAAACUUCCUAUACUGAUACACCUGCCCAAAAUGGACGAGCCGAGCGUAAACGCCGUUAUCUCCUUGAGACAAUUAGGUCUCUUAUUCUCUCUGCCUUAAUCCCAACUCUAUUUUAGGAAGAAACAGUUCUUAUAGCUGCUUUUCUUCUUAACCGUAUGCCUACUCCCCUUCUUUCUAGUCAGUCUCCUUAUGAGGCUCUGUUCUCUCAACUUCCCAAUUACUCUCUCCUUCGUGUGUUUGGGUCUGCUUGUUUUGUCCUUCUUUCCCAUAAAGAUCGAACCAAACUUAGUGCCUGGUCUAUCCUAUGUGUCUUUUUGGGUUAUAGUUCUACUCAGAAAGGCUAUUGGUGUUAUGACCCUGUUUCCCACCGUCUUUAUGUCUCCCAUCAUGUUACUUUUCUCGAACGUCUACCUUACUUUCAGCUUCCUCCUGUCACUGCUCCAGUUUCCAAAGAGGAUUUGGUUCACAUUAACCCAUUUCCUUCUGAGGUACCGUCUGAUGAGUACAUCUCUACAGUUCCUCCUGAGUUUGUUUCAUCUUCUCCUCCUGCUUCACUCUGGCUACUUCUCCUCCUUAAGUUUCUUCUCCUCCUCCAUUGUUAGUCUAUUCUCGUUGUAAGGCUCCUCCUCCACCAGUUGUCUCUACCCCUACUUCCGAUCCUCCUGCUUCUGACGACUCUGAUUCUGCUGCACACCGCUAUCCUACUCAAACGCAUCAUUCUUCAAACAGGUCGGGUUGGUCUAAUACACGUUUUUCUGCUUCCUAUCAUACUUUUUUGUCUACUAUUCACUCUUUUUUAGAACCUUAGUCUUACAAGGAGGCCUGUCAGGAUCCUCAUUGGGUUCAAGCUAUUGAGGAUGAGUUGUCUACUUUACAGAAAACUCGUACUGGGGAGUUAGCUCUUUUGCCUGCUGGUAAGAAUCUGGUUGGUUGCAAAUGGGUCUACAAAGUCAAGACUCAUUUUGAUGGUUCUUUUAAGUGCUACAAAACUUGUCUGGUUACCAAAGGUUUCUAAUAGAAGUAUGGUAUUGAUUAUGAGAAAACCUUUGCUCCUGUUGCCAAAAUGACUACUGUUCGUGUUUUGAUCUCUGUUGCUACUAUUCGUUCUUGGCCUCUUUAUCAGAUAGAUGUUAAGAAUGUUUUUCUUAAUGGUCAUCUCAUAGAGGAGGUUUACAUGCAUCCUUUCCUUGGCCUUCACCAUUUCUUUGGAUAGGUUUGUCACCUUCAGUGUGCUCUGUAUGGCUUGAAGUAGUCUCCUCGUGCAUGGUAUAAUCGCUUUCAGACUACUGUUACUGAGCUUGGGUUUUACCCUUGUGCCUAGGACUCUGCUUUAUUUCUUCUCCACACCUCUGUUGGAUUUUUUGCAUUAUUACUGUAUGUGGAUGAUAUGAUCAUCACUGGUUUUGACUCUUCUGCUAUAUCUGAGGUCAAGCAGCAUCUUUUCCGCACCUUUGAAAUGAAGGAUCUAGGCCACUUGCGGUAUUUUCUUGGUAUAGAGGUAGCUUUUUCUCCCAAGGGCUACUUUCUAUCUCAAGCCAAGUAUGUCAAUGAGGUUAUUCAUCGUGCCGGUCUUACUAACACUAAGAUUUGUGAUACCCCCAUUGAGCUUAAUGUAAAGCUCAACACUACUGAUGGUGUUCUUCUGGAUGAUCCUACUUUAUAUCGAGAGCUUGUGGGUUGCUUAGUCUAUUUGACGGUUACUCAUCCUGAUCUUGCCUAUGUUGUUCAUGUGGUUAGCUAGUUUGUCUCUGCUCCUCGCUCUACCCAUUGGGUUGCUUUGGUUUGGAUUCUUUGCUAUCUCCAGGGCACUAUAUUUUAGGAUUUACUGUUGUCUUCUACUUCCUCUUUGGGCUUGGUGGCUUAUGCUGAUUCUGAUUGGGCUGGUGAUGUCACUGAUCACAAGUCCACUUCUGGCUUUUGCAUGUUUCUUGGUGAUUCCUUGAUCUCUUGGAAGGCAAAGAAACAGACUGUUGUUGUGUGUUCCACUGCCGAGGCUGAGUACCAUGCUAUAGCUCAUGCCACUGCUGAGAUUGUUUGGCUUCAUUGUCUAUUGACUGAGUUAGGUGUCCCUCAGUCUUCUCCGACCUCCCUUUACUGUGACAACCGCAGUGCUAUUUAGAUUACACAUAACAUUGUCUUUCAUGAGCGAACGAAGAACAUUAAGAUUGAUUGUCAUUUUGUCCAUCAACACUGCAGUCUGGCUCCAUCUCGCUUCCUUUCGUCUCGUCGGCUUUGCAACUUGCUAAUUUCUUUACGAAGACUCACACCACUGCUCGAUUUCAGUUUCUUCUUGGCAAAACUCUCAGUAUUUUCUGCUAAAACACCUUGAGUUUGAGCGGAGGUGUAAGAAUAUUAUGUAAUUAUGGAAACCUAUGUAAUUAUGGAAUUAGGUUGAUUCUGAAUAUAGGAUUGAUUGUAUUUCCUAUUCUAGAUUAGGGUUAGGAUUCCUAUAAAUAUUGGUUGUAAGAUUUGUAUUAUUUACUAGUUGAAUAUAUAGAAUUAUUCAGAAACUUACACUUACUGGCCAUGGAAUUAGAGUGUGUGCAAUUGUGACGGACAAGAGUGAUCUUCUUUUUGAAAUUCAAACGGCAGAUCAAGAAGCUGAGAACCGAAAAAAGAUGGCAAAGCCUAAAAAUGUUCCUUUAUCACCUCCAUCUUCUCAAAUUAGUACUAGCCACGGUAGCAUAGGAGAUGUUGGAACAUUUAGAAUGGAAGGUUAUGAACCAAGAAAGAGAAAGGCAAUUGGGAGUCGUCCUUUGGAUAAGGCAUUCCAGCAAAGUGCUAGAGAAUAUUUACAUUCUUUAAUUGCUCGUAUGUUCUAUUCAGCUGGUUUGCCUUUCCAUUUGGCUAGGAAUCCAUACUUUGUGGGUACUUUUCAAUAUGAUGUUGAGAAUCAAAUUAUUGGGUAUGUCCCUCCUGGAUAUAAUUUGUUGAGGACUACCUUACUUCAAAAAGAAAGGACAAAUAUUGAAAGGUUAUUGGAACCAACUAAAAAAGUCAUGGGAUGAGAAGGGGUUGAGUAUAGUAUCUAAUGGAUGGACUGAUGCACAAAGGAGGCCUCUUAUUAAUUUUAUGGUAGCAUCUGAUGGUGGAGCUAUGGUUAUAAGAGCUGUUAAUUGUGAGGGUGAGCCCAAGGACAAGUAUCAUAUUGCCAAAUUAAUUAGUGAAGUGAUUGAUGAAGUGGGUCCUCAUAAUGUGAUUCAAAUAAUUAUUGGCAAUGCUCCUGUUUGUAGUGCAACUGGAUCAAUCAUUCAAGGUAAUUAUCCGAAGAUCUUUUGGACACCUUGUGUAGUGCACACUCUUAAUCUUGCUCUUAAGAACAUUUGUGCUGCGAAGGAAAUUGGAGUUGUUGCAUAUGCUUAUGAUGAAUGCCAUUGGAUCACUACUGUGAUUGAUGAUGUAAUGUUUGUGAGAAAUUUCAUCAUGAAUCAUUCUAUGAGAUUAGCUAUUUUUAAUGAGUUUGUACCUUUGAAGCUACUAUCUGUUGCAGAUACACGCUUUGCAUCUGCAAUUGUUAUGCUAAAAAUGUUUAAACUUAGUUAUCGUGGUCUCCAAGCAAUGGUGAUAAGUGAGAAAUGGGCUUCUUACAGGGAAGAUGAUGUUGGGAAAGCAGUUGUUGUAAAGGAAAAGUUGUUAAAUGAUAUUUGGUGGGACAAGAUUGAAUAUGUACUCUCAUUCACAUUGCCUAUUUAUGAGAUGCUCAGAUUUUGUGACACCGAUAAGCCAUGUCUACAUUUGGUUUAUGAGAUGUGGGAUUCAAUGAUUGAACAGGUGGAGGCAUCCAUCUAUAUGCGUGAAGGGAAGUCAGAAAAUGAAGAGUCGGCCUUUUACUUUGUAGUGCAUCAAAUAUUAGUGGAAAGGUGGACAAAAAGUAGCACACCUCUUCAUUGUCUUGCUCAUUCUUUGAAUCCAAGGUAUUAUAGUGGGAUGUGGCUUCAUGAAAUCCCAUUCGUGUUCCUCCUUACAAAGAUGCUGAAAUUUCUGAGAUAAGAAUCAAGUGUUUUAAGAGAUACUUUCCUGAUUCAGAUGAGAGAAGGGUUGUUAAUACAGAGUAUGCUAAGUUUUCAGGUUGUUUAAAAAGUUUUGGAGACUCUGACUCAAUAUAUGAUAGAGGAGUAAUGGAACCAAUGGUUUGGUGGUUGGCACAUGGCUCUUCUGCACUAUGCUCCAAUCCUUGGCAGUGAAAUUACUUGGCCAACCAUGUUCCUCAUCAUGUUGUGAAAGGAAUUGGAGCACCUACUCUUUCAUUCAUUCUAUGAGGAGGAAUAAAAUGACACCACCACGUUGCGAGGAUUUGGUUUUUGUGCACGCCAAUAUUCGCCUCUUAUCAAGGAGGAGUCGACUAUACACAGAAGGAAAGACCAAGUUAUGGGACAUUGGGGGAGAUGCAUUUGAUUCAUUGGAGGGUUAUGGUUUCCUUGAAAUUGCAAAUCUUUCACUUGAUGAACCAAAGAUGGAAGCUGUUUUAUUCAAUGAUGAAAUUGAUGGAAGUGAACUUUGAAGUGUCAAGUUUAGAUACACAGGGCUUUCUUUUGUUUUUUCUUUGCUUGCAUUAUGGACUGAAUUGGCAUUGUUAGAGCCGAUAUUUGUUUUUCCUUUUCUAGAGUUAGAGCCGAUAUUUGUUUUUCCUUUGGUGUGGGCAUUGUUGAAUUGAAAUAUAUUUGACUUUUAGUUUUGUAGUUCUCUUUUUAGUUUUGAUAUUUAAUUUUAAUUUGUUGGUUGGAUUCUUUAACCAUAAUUAUAAAUAAAUAAAUAAAAUAUAUCUGCGUACCCGCACCAUACUCGUACCUACACCCGUGCUUCAUAGAUAAAAGUAUUGAUUGUUUGACACCAUUUUUUGGGGCAUAUGUUUAUUUGUUAAGUUGUUUUUCUAUUCUUUUCAUGAGGUGAUGAAGUGCUGUAAUUUACAAACAAUCGUGUAACUAUGGCUUUUUGCCUCUGCAGCAUGGUCAUCCUAUAUGAAUGCAACUCUGUUAAGUCAUAUGUUGUUGAUAACAACUUUAAUCUUGAUUGACAUCUAUCCUUUCUAUCUUUCUGAUACAACUUUUUUCUCUCUCUCUCUCUUCUUCUUUUUUUUUUUUUUUUUUUUUUUUUUUUUUUUUCACUUCUCUUCCU